AUGGACAAGCUUGACCCAGAAGAGAAACAUAAAAUUGCAACUGUAAAUAGAGAAAAAAGAGAUGCCCAGGGUGGCAUAGGCUGGAUGUACAAAGGUAUUAAGCCUGACGCAGAAGAGUAUCUUUUGGGCAAACGGCUUGACAAAUUUAUAGAGGGAGAAGAGGAGAAAAAAGAUGAGGCCAGCGUUAUAUUUGGUGAAAGAAUCAAAGCCAACAUCGCAUUGGAUAUGGCAGCCAAGAUGAGAGAAGAUCCGCUCUUUGCCAUCAGACGUAAAGAAGAGGAGUCCAGGAAAAAACUUCUGGAAAAUCCUGUCAAAAUGAAGGAGCUCCAGAAACUGAUUGAACAACAACAGAAGCUGAAAGAGAAAAAGAAGAAAUCUAAGAAAAAAAAUAAGAAACACAAGAAGUCUAAGAAUUCUGAUGACAGUGAUGAUGAUAUUAUGGCAAAAUACUUGUCGAUUCUUACUUCAAAAAAUCACAAAGAAGAAAGUAGUGACAAGAAGAAAAGACAUCAUCAGAGCAAAUACUCUAGUCAUGAUGAUGAAAGUGGAGAAGAAGAUUUGAAUCGACACAGACAAGACAAAAUGUCAUGUAGCACCGACAGGCACUCAGGUACAACUCAGAACAGAAAAACUCAGGAAGACAGCGAAAGUAACAGGCGUCUGUACAGUAGAGGCAGUGAAGUGAAACACAAAGAUUCAUGGACAGACAGAAAUAAAUCUCCAUCUAACAGUUACAGUCCUGUUCGUGAAAGACAGAAGAAAGAUCAUAGUCGAGGCAGCAGAACUAAUAGCAGAAACAUUGAUUCCGAUGUUGAUGAUGACAGAGAAAGGAAGAGAAAAGAUAAUAAUAUGGGCUUCAGAGAAAAUAAAAAAUACAAAAACAGUAAGGAUAGUAGUGCAAGUGAUGACAGUAGAACAAAGUCACCGGGUAAAGCAUCAAAACGAAGAGAUGAUAAAACUUGGCAUAAAACUGUAGAAACUUACAAGGAUAGAAAGGAAUUUGCAGAGGAAAGAUCGAGUAGAACACAGAAUGUGAAAGGUAGGACUUCUGAAUCGCAAAUGCAGAGAAAAACAUUUGUCAGUGAUGAAGGUAAUUCAUCAGAUGUCGAAAGUCCAACCACGGGUUACUUAAAAAAUCCAGAAAAAAAUGGGAAUGCAAAGACUCAUCUCAAAACUAAAAGAAAGCAUAGAUCAUCUUCGUCAUCCUCUACCUCAAGUGAAAGAUCAGAUCAUGAAAAAAAGAAAGUGGUCUCAGGCUCAAGGCAGUAUGGGCUCAUAGUUUCUAGUUCAAGCCAGACAGUUGCUAAACCCAGGCAGCAGCGAUCACCAUCUCCGGUACAGACUUCCUAUAAAACUAGCUCAGUCAGAACUACACAAACACGAAGAGCGCCAUCACCACCUCGAAGGAAAUUAACUGAAGAAGAAAAGCAGAGAAAAUUGGAAGAGAUGUCACAGAAUGCAGUAUGGAGAGAAGAACAGAGAGAAAGUAAUGUGAAGAGGUACAGAGAAGAAGAGCAGCAAAGAGAGAAAAAUGAAGUCAGGCCUAAAGAAGGUGGUUUUUUGAGUUCAAUAAUGAUGAACCACGCAUCCUCCAGCUCAGUGGAAGAUCGUCUGAGAAGAAAUAAAUAUAACAUACAGAGAACCCAGGUUGAUUUGGACAAGAAUUUCACACAGAAAUAA